AUGGCACGCCAGGCCCAGCAGGCACAGCGCAUGAUCCGCCAGGACCGCAGCCUGACGCCGGCUGUGUGCGCUGUGGCGGCGGGGCCCAUCCCCUCGAUUGCGCAGUGCUUGCAGGGCUUGGAAGACAUAAGCCGCAUGCACGCCGAGGAGCUGCGGCUCAAGGAUGCGCUAGUGCUGGAGGUGCGGUACGACACCUCCGAGCCCGACAUGCAGCAGGUGGCGGCGCUGUUUGCGGCACAGAUGCACAUCGACGGCGGGCGGGUGCGCGACCUCCUGCACCUGGUGGCCGCCACGCAGGAACGGCGACGCUUCUAG